UCUAGUACUAGCUGUUACAGAAUGUCUAUUCUAUCUACUGCCGCUAGUCGAGUAUUAAAAUGUCGUUCUUAUGGUUGGGUUUUGUGCUACUGGCGGCGUCGGAAUUUUUCCCCGCCCAGGCCAUCCCAUCCUCAUCUCUGAUCAAGCUGAACUGUGAAACGAUAAAUCGCGUGUGUUAUCUGAAGAACAUCUACGCUACCGAGGAGGACCGCUUUAAGGAUGUGCACGGUGCCGAGUUUGGUGAUGCAAUCGAGUUUUACGACUGCCAUAUCUAUACCCUUCCCAAGAUGCCGUUUAUCAAAAGGUUAAACGCCAAGGGAAUUAACUUGGUGCGGAUUGGCGAGAAAGCCUUUUCCACCGUUCGACAUGUAAAUGUUGCUGAGAAUCGUCUGAGGGACUUUUCCCCGCGGGCAUUCGAGUGGCCGGAGGAACUGGAAACGCUGGUUUUGAGUGGAAAUCCUGCGCUGAAAGAGUUGAGUGUGUUGAAAAAGCUAACCUCCCUGACGGAUCUGCAGAUGGCACAGAUGAAGCUGGAUUUGGAUUUUGUCGAUCCGGAAAUCUUCUCCGGUAUGAAGAAGUUGAUAACGCUCAACCUAAGUGAUAAUAAAAUUCUUUCGGUACCCGUUGGUAUUUUUAACAAGCUUGAGUCAUUAGAAAGUUUGAAUUUAAGCCAAAAUUACAUCUCUAAAAUUACGUCUGGAGCGCUCGUUAUCAACCGCUUACCAAUAAACGAAGAAAGUUAUGAGCGUCAGCAGUUAUCCAUCAGUUUGGCGAAAAAUAACAUUUCGAUCAUUGAGAAUAACUCUUUCAUGGUCGUAGACCUGGUAGACUUGUCAGACAAUAAGCUUAUAGGAAUCAGCCCGUCUGCUCUCUACAACAAAUCACAGCUUGGAACCUUAAUUUUAUCGAAGAACAGUCAGUUGAAAAAUUUUGACUUUUUGCAAAACCUUGCAACACUGCAUACACUAACCAUGUCCCACAUGAACUUCACUUUCGACGGAAUUCCGUUGAAUAUUUUCAGUAAGCUGGAUCUGCUUACAUCGUUGGAUUUGUCUCACAACGACAUCGGGACCAUCCCGAUCGGAGCCUUUGCCGAAUUGUCUUCCGUAAACUACAUCAACUUGCGGCACAAUCAAAUCUUGUACGUCGAGUUCGGAACAUUUUCGAUCCGCAAGUAUGAUCUGAUUGACGAGAUCGACCUUUCCUACAACCAGAUCAGCGAUGUGAACUAUUUGGUAUUUGCCCCACUCAAAUAUCUCCGAACCCUACUGCUGCACGGCAAUCAGAUAACUCAUGUCAACGCGGGCCACCUAAAGCGCAACAAAAGUCUGCAGAACUUUGGCAUUCAGAACAAUCCGAUUCUGUGCUCGGAUUUGGUGGAUCUACUCGCCAUACUGAAGCUGGUACUGGACGGGAACGAGUUUGUGGCGCACUCUCCCAAUGUUAACGGGAUUCGCUGCAAUCCCUAGAGCAAAGUGCAGUUGAAGUAUAGUAGAACGUACUAUCUUGUAGUUCAGAUAAUAUUAUAGAAUAAAUCUUUUUUAUAAUGGUAUGGAUUGAAUACA